GAUCACCCAACCCUAGAAUUUUUCCCACUCUCUCCUUCAUGCUGCAUGCCUCUCGCCUCUCGAAUGCAUUCGUUUGCAUCCGUUGCGAGCUGAAUCUUGCGCGACCACGGGUCUCCCCAUUCUCCCGUCCCGCCCACUCACGUCUUUCCUCCUCUGUGCGACCAAGGGACGCCUUCGAUGAUGCAUUUGCUCAACCUGCUAAGCCCGCCGAACCGGAGGCUCCCGUCGAAACUACUGAAGCCGAAACACCACGUCGAAGGGAAAAGCUGAGUGAGAGGCCUUUAGGGAAGGUCAGGAGGCGGAAGGGCAAGACGAUUCGAGAAAGGACGGCGCAAUUGGAUGGAAUCAAGGCAUUGGGGAAGGACGCACGAAUUCUUGUACUUCGAGAAGUCGAGGACAAAUCACGGAAAGCGGAUACGCAAGAGAGCAAUGCCGCCCCCGACGAUGGCAUUGUCGAAAACUCGACCGAUGCAUCUAAAAUAAUGGACGCCCUAAAAGCUGAAUCAAUUCGAGUUGGCCAGGAAGACGUCAAUCUACAACUCGAGAAGCUCCGCCCCCGAACGCAUUCCGACCCAGACGAACCGCACUAUGUCACGUUAGCGACGUUCAAGGAACUCAAUAAAACGUUAAAGAAGAGUUUUACAGUAAAACAACUGUCUAAAUACUAUUCAGUAAUGAAGGGUGUCCAGGAAGGAUCUGUGAAGAAGGAGGUCCUCCGAGAGCUGAAAUUGGUCGAGGAUAGACGGUUGAACACUUUGGAACGCACAGAAUGGUACCCUGGAACGACUAGCAUCAAGAGACGCCUGCCAGGCCGUUUGGCAGCUGCAAAGGGUCCACAACCGAGACCAAUUGCUAAGCCUUUGCUUAUCGAUCAAAUUCUGCGGACGAUUUGGAACGUUGUGCUCUUAGAAGAGAUCGAGGCACCGGGGGAGAUGGAGCUGACAUUGAAGCCAUGGCAGCUUUCACUCCUGAACAUUGGGGAACACUCAGCGCUGGAUAGAAUCCGGAACACUCGCAAAGCUAAAGUGGAGAUAUUCUCACCCCACAAUGUGCUAAGAAUCACUGCCGAUAAAAGCUCUGCCGAGUAUACAACGAGUGACAUUGAGGAAGUUUUGUCACAAGUUCAGUCGCACAAGUUUGAUCUGUCUGCGUAUCAAUGGUUGCUUGACGAGCACGCCACAAUGGCCAAUCGUAAAGGGGGUAUGUCUGACCUCGUCUCGCAAGAAGCACUAGAGCAGAUAAGUAGUCUGAGUGGAACUGUGCUCCGUGUUAUACAUGAUGAUGCGAUCGUCAUACGAGGCAUGCGCUCCGAGUCGAUCCAAGAAGCAGUACGACUACUUGUCAAUAUGUUGCCUUUGAAGGAAACGUAUGAUUAUACCUUACAUACGGGUCACGUCAAUUCCAAGCAGGUUCAGCAACAGCUCUUUCCACCUAUGUUCAACGACUCACUCGAUUAUCGCUUCCGUGGCUCACAGAUGGCACGCUAUGUUUAUCCUGUCGAAGCAGUCUCCAGGAGAGAUCAUGACAAUGUUCAUGUGGGUCCAUCAACAGCCAAGGAGUCUGGGAUAGAACCUACAACUGUACGACCGCCCGAGGAUGUCAGCCAUUCUGCGGUGUUGAAAUCACUGCAAAGUUAUGUUCAACAAGUUCCCGCGAUUCACCGUUCUGAAUUCAAGGACAUCGUAUCUGACGGUGAAGCAACCUGGGCUCCUGUCGCUGAAACGAAAAUCAGUGCUAGAUAUGGCCAAGCAUUGUUUCCGAAUAGGAGCAACAUUGAAGAUACAGACACAAUGUUGGCUUCAAAGUCCACCUUCACGAACGUUGUUCCAAGCAUUUCUACAAUCCUCAGCGAAAGCGACUCUGCACAACCGAACCCGCCUAUCUUAGACUACAUGUUCAUACCUUCGCCACUCCAGACGAACAGACUUGAGGACAAUCAAAGCUACCCAAGACUCCACCUCCGUUUCCGCAUUCUAGGUCAACCGCAGCUUUCUUCGGUUAACAUUAUCUUCAAUAAGAUAUGCCAUGAUGUCCUUCUGCCUGACCAGGCUACCGACAUUCGAUUCGACUCCUAUCAGAGGCUUCGAUUGCGGUCGCCGUUGAAGGACCCCAACAUCCGGGACUUCGCCGAAAUCGUCACCGCCAAUAUUUCAAGUGGAACCCGUUUGACAGCUCCCGAGUCUUUGACCCUCAACAUCCCAAAUUGGGUGAUUCCCGGCCAGUCCCGAAGUGAUGCAACGUCUCGACAAGUGGAAUAUAUGUUUAGCGGUAUACAGCAUCGACAAUCCCUAUCUUUGCAAUAUCAAGGCCUUCCCAUGGGAUACAGCACGAGUGAGGGCAAUAAACUGAGCCAGAACAACGGGGAGUUGUCACUUUCCUUCUACCACUUUCAUCCCACGACGGCGCAGGGGACGACAGUAACGAAUGACGCCUCUGAACAAGUCCAAAAGUUUUUGAACACCGCGUUUGCGGUUUCUGAACGCAUUACGCGCGCCGCCAAUGCCCCGCAGUGGUUGAGGAAGAUCGCUGGUGAUAGUCUCGCAGCGAGGGAAAUGCGACCAAGUUCGGUGCAAGACGUCACGGCUGCUGCUGAGAUUCCCGAGGAUCAGGCGCUCAAAAUCACAGAAGACGUCAAGAAGACAGAAGACGUCGAUAAGUCAGAAGACAUGCCUGUGAAUAGUGUCCAGGACCGACUUCUCUAACGAAAUGUAUGUACGAAGGAAAAUGGGUCUAGAACGGGAAAAAUUACCAGCAUUAUUAUCAUCAUCUAGACAAACGAUGAUAUGUAUUUUAACUGCAUUGAACCUGGCGCCAGCAUCAUGUAUAAAAGCAUUGUACAUUCUUGUAUAUUUAGACAGAACUACCACUUCCCUCAAGGGGGCCGGCCAAUCAAGGUGCUAGAUAUCAAUCCAAUCCAAUCGAGAAG